GCAAGUUCCCUGAACAACCUCUCAUUCUUCCACAACAAUUCUGUUCAGCUUAUCUAAAUUUUCUUGAGUAAAGAAUAUGAGCAGGCCAGGAGAUUGGAACUGCAGGUCAUGCCAAUACCUGAACUUCCAGAGGAGGGAUUCAUGCCAGAGAUGUGGAGAUCCACGACCUGGUGAAAGAGGUGGUGAUUUUAUGGGAAGAGGGAAUUCAUCAUUUGGGUUUUCAUCAGGCCCUGAUGUAAGGCCUGGAGACUGGUACUGCAGCUUUGGAACCUGUGGUGCACACAACUUUGCCAGCCGCUCCAGCUGCUUCAAGUGUGGUGCACUGAAAGAUGAAUCCUCCGGUGGUGGCUUCGAUGGUGAUCACAUGCCUCGACAGAGAGGUUUUGGGUUUGGUGGUGGAAGUAGUGGAGGGCGCUCUGGAUGGAAAUCUGGUGACUGGAUUUGCACCAGGCUGGACUUGCAAGUGUCUACGACAUUACUCUUCAUUGUGAAGCAUGAAGUUUGAACUGAGGAAUAUUGAUCCCGAUCGAUAUGCUUACAUUGACUUGUUAUCUGAUGUUUGUGAGAAUGUUUUGAUUUGUAUUUCUAGUGGACAAAAUUUCAUGAUUGCUUUAUGUCGUGCUAUUCUUGGUACUGUGGAAACAAUGAACAUUGAAACUGAUUCGGAUGUCCU